CCAUCCGUACCGAGAGGCACGCGCUUCAGUCCUCCUCUAAACUACACGGUGGCGUGAAGGAUAAAUUGCUUUUCUCUCCAAUGCAAUGUCUUUAAUCUACGACGCGCUUCUUUCCGAAACUCAACGAAGACAGAUAUGUCUCUACCGCUAACUUGUGGUCUGUAGUAUUCUUGAGAUAUUUCACCAGAAUAGCUCGACACGUGCAAAUUUAAAGAGAUAAACUUCAGAGUCGCGAUGAUGGCAUCAAUAGGGGAGUUCGAUCCGCUGAACAACAUCGUUCCUGCUACUAAAAUAGAAGUUACCGUGUCAUGCAGGGAUCUUCUGCAUGUGGACACAUUCUCCAAGUCUGAUCCUGUGGUUGUGCUGUAUGUGCAGGGUAUCGGCACCAAAGAGUGGAGGGAGUUUGGCAGAACAGAGGUUAUUGACAACACACUGAAUCCAAACUUUGUGCGGAAGUUUUUCCUGGACUUCUUCUUCGAAGAGAAGCAGAACCUCCGCUUUGACGUAUACAAUGUGGACUCAAGAAGUUCAAAUAUUUCCAAAUUUGUAAGCUCUCUCCACCAGGACUUCCUGGGUCAGACCUUCUGCACUCUGGGGGAGAUCAUUGGAUCCACUGGCGGGCGGCUGGAGAACAGCUUAUCUGGGAUUCCUGGGAAGAAGUUAGGGGCCAUUAUCUUCACGGCGGAGGAGCUCAGUAACUGUAGGGACAUUGCUACCAUGCAGCUGUGUGCCAACAAGCUGGACAAGAAAGACUUUUUUGGGAAGUCUGCCCCCUUCCUGGUCUUCUACAGAAGUAACGAGGAUGGAACGUUCACUAUCUGUCAUAAGACGGAGGUGGUUAAGAACACACUGAAUCCUGUGUGGCAGCCCUUCACCAUCCCAGUGAGGGCCCUCUGUAAUGGGGACUAUGACAGAACAGUGAAGGUGGAUGUGUAUGACUGGGACAGAGAUGGAAGCCAUGAUUUCAUUGGCGAGUUCACCACAAGUUACAGAGAUUUCUCACGUGGACAAAACCAGUUUAAUGUCUAUGAGGUUCUAAAUCCGAAAAAGAAGGGCAAGAAAAAGAAAUACAUUAACUCUGGCACGGUAACACUGCUGUCCUUCAAAGUGGAGUCGGAAUAUACCUUUGUGGAUUUCAUCCGAGGCGGGACACAACUCAACUUCACAGUAGCCAUCGACUUCACUGCUUCUAAUGGUGACCCGUCUCAGCCCACCUCCCUCCACUACAUGAACCCGUACCAGAUGAAUGCGUAUGCCAUGGCCCUGAAGGCUGUAGGGGACAUCAUCCAGGACUAUGACAGUGACAAGCUCUUUCCUGCCUACGGCUUCGGAGCCAAGCUACCUCCCGAUGGAAAGAUAUCCCACGCAUUCCCUCUGAGUGGUGACAAUGAAAACCCAAACUGUGUGGGGAUAGAGGGAGUAUUGGAGGCGUACUUCCAGAGCCUCAGGACGGUCCAACUCUACGGACCCACCAACUUCUCUCCAGUCAUCAACCAAGUGGCACGGUCUGCGCAGGAUGUGACGGAUGGCUCUCAGUAUUUUGUGUUGUUGAUGAUCACAGACGGAGUUAUCUCUGACAUGCUGCAGACCAAGGAGGCUGUAGUCAAUGCAGCUGCUCUCCCCAUGUCCAUCAUCAUCAUCGGGGUCGGACCUGCAGAGUUUGACGCCAUGGAGGAGCUAGAUGGUGAUGAGGUCAGAGUGUCCUUCAGGGGGCACUUUGCUGAAAGAGACAUUGUGCAGUUCGUUCCUUUCCGGGACUACAUGGACCGGUCGGGGAACCAGGUCCUGAGCAUGGCCCGGCUGGCUAAGGACGUGCUGGCUGAGAUCCCUGAGCAGCUGCUGGGGUUCAUGAAGACCAGAGGCAUCGAGCCCCGGCCCGCCCUCACCACCUCAGACCUGCCCGACCUCCACAGGCACAUCUGACACCCCCACUGUAGUGGGACAGCACCUUUCAACCCCUUGGGUCUACACAUAUUUGAUGCUCACACACACACUUGACAUCUCUCUCAUCUCUUUUAACCCUAUGCCAUUUCCAUUUCACUGCAAGCCGAUGUCGCCUCCCCUACAACUGCGCAUCCUUAACACAGUUUAGAAUGAAUGUAUUCAUACAUUGUGCCAUUGAACACGUAGGGGCGGGUAGAUUGAGCACCCAAUGCAAUAGCCACAAGCACCGUCACUUCUGAAGAGAAGGGAGAAAUAUAACUGAUUAUGCCGUGAUGCCAUGCUGUACACUUAUAACGUUCACAAGCAUAUGCAGAGGGAGGAGUUUAGUCUGUGAAAGUUAUUGAUAUAGAAAAUAUACUGAACAAAAAUAUAAAUGCAACAUGCAACAAUUUCAAAGAUUUUACUGAGUUAAAGUUCAAAUAAGGAAAUCAGUCAAUUGAAAUAAAAAAUAAAAAAUUUAAAUGACAAUUAAAUCAAUUUUAACCCCACUUUGUAACACAACAAAAUGUGGAAAAAUUAUUUCUGAGGGCACUGUAUAUGCAAAGCAGCUUAGCCAUCAACUGGAGAGAACAGGUAAAAAAAAUGUAAAUCAAUGAUCAUUGCUGAUUUAUUGAUUUGGUAAACAAACUUGACAUAUUGCUUUCAGCCCACACCUCCACACAAAAUCUUCUGUAUUGUACUGUAUCUUCUGUACUGUAUCCACUCCCUCUCUCUGAGUGUCAUGUUAUAAUGCAGAAUGGGUGUUUUCUGUUGCCUUUCAUUUGAUUUUCUGAAACUAAAUGACUCAAAGAGUGAUUUAUAAAAACCAAGCACCAAAACACGAGUGCAGUUGACUGUCUUUGGGGAGGUGAAUGAAGAGGUUGUCCUGGGCAAACUUUAUUAUGUGUUUGGUUUGUUGAUGAUUGAUUUGAAGCAGGUCUUGUGUCAUGAACUAGGGGUCGGUUCAGCAGGACACAGCGUUUUGGAACGUUCGGAUAGAAAUAUGUUAUGUAGAACAAGCAUGCCUUUCCGACAUGUAAAACAAGCAAUCAUGUUGGCUCUAUUCAAGGCAUUUCUAUCUGAAACGUUUGGCAACUGAACAUGUGGCCCUGGAGAGUGUUGACACGGCUGGCAUGGGGCCCAGGUCACAUGUUCGUUAGCGCCAGUCAUUCUCACCCCCCUGUCUAUCAUACCAUCCUGCCCAGCAUGGGAUGAUGCUGGGCGCAGAUUACACCCUGCUGGAACAGAAAUGCCAGUCUCAGUGCCCUCCUGCAGUGAGGGAGAGGGAGACCGAGGAGGUAGGGGGAGGUUGAGGAGAGAUAGGGAGGGGAGGUUAAGGCCUGUGACAGUAGGGCUCCAGCGGUUUGGUUGAUGUUUUUAUUUUUUGUGUGUUUGUCAGAAAUGAAAGGAGAAAGAGAGAGGAAAGAUUUCUUGGAUUUCUUGUUGUCAUAAUACAUUGGAGAAAUCAGGUUAGCAACCCUGUUGCCACCUGAAGCUCCAGGCUUAGUUCUGAUCAUAGUUUCUAUGGUUCUGAUUCUGACAUCAAAGCAUUACAAUCAAUUAUACACUGUCAUUAAAUCUCCUUUUUGUGGCCUCAUUAAAAAGCAUGUCAGAAAAAACUUGCAGGAUACUAGAAUCCCAUCUCAAAAUAUUCACCAACCUAAAAUGUAUACAGCAAAGCAUUUUUUUUACACCAGUAGGAGUUGACCACCCCCUCACGUUGCCAAUGUUGAGAACACUGUACAUCCUACUUUCAAUGUUAUUUGCACAGUAUCAGAUGGAAUGGAAACUGAGGUAAUCACUAAGAUACAGCAAUAAUUCAAAAAUGUUUUCAACUAACUGUUCUGUAGAGUGGCUCAGCUCUACCACCUAGCGGUCACUGCUAAUUGAGGCUCUUCUGAGCUCAGUACAGUAUGAGGAUGCUACAGACUGACAUGAUUUCCUGGUAGAUGUGUUGAGUUGAUAACGCUCCUGUACGGUGAGGUUAGGUUGACCCUGGCUCCUGUACGGUGAGGUGAGGUUGACCCUGGCUCCUGUACGGUGAGGUGAGGUUGACCCUGGCUCCUGUACGGUGAGGUGAGGUUGACCCUGGCUCCUGUACGGUGAGGUGAGGUUGACCCUGGCUCCUGUACGGUGAGGUGAGGUUGACCCUGGCUCCUGUACGGUGAGGUGAGGUUGACCCUGGCUCCUGUACGGUGAG